CGGCUAGAAAGACGCGGUUUAAAAAAAAGUCACAUUCACUUCAAACAUUUGGAUUGUUAUCGAAAACACGAUUGUUUCAUUUAUUUUAGAGCUCGAUGGCUUCUUCAUCGGGUGGUGGGCCUGGAGACAAUGGCGUUAGCGAGAAACCAAAGGGCAAGUGUCUGUUUUAUUUACGCAACAUCGCGACUUUUCUAGUGUCGCACAUCGGUCUUGUCUCCCUCGUCGUCGGCUAUUGCAUCAUGGGCGCCUUCACGUUCGAAGCGCUGGAAGCCAAGCACGAGCUGCAGGUCAAGCGCGAAAUGAUUAAAGUCCGCGAGAGCGUCACCGACGACCUGUGGCGUUUCACCUACAAAAUGGACGUGCUCGUCCAGGAGGAGUGGACCACCAACGUCACGGACCGUCUCAAGAAAUUCGAGACGCAUCUGAUCGAAUCGAUGAAGAAGAAGGGAUGGGACGGCAGCGAAGAGACGGACAAAGUUCAAUGGACCCUGGCCGGAGCUCUUUUCUACUCCAUCAUUCUAAUUACGACCAUCGGAUAUGGACACAUUGCCCCGAAAACGCCAUGGGGUAAAAUGGUGACAAUCUUUUACGCCAUUCUCGGUAUCCCUUUGAUGCUGCUCUGUUUGGCAAACAUCGGCGAUGCGAUGGCCCACUCGUUCCGGUUCCUCUAUUGGAAAGUUUGCUGUUACGUUUGCACCCGAAAGCCGAAAAAGUCACGAUUGAGGCGACAACGCACCAGACGUUCCAACAGCGGCAGACAGUCGGCCAGGUACCAAUCCUCAGCAGCUGGAGGGCCUGGUGGUAAAGUGAAUUCAUUGCGACGUUCGCAGCGUUUUUCGCAACGUUCGGCCGACUCAGCCAUGUCUGACAGCGCCGUCUCGCGUUCAUCCUUUUCCGAAACGGAUCAAGAGUCCAAAUUUUACGACGAGACUGAUCGGGAAUUUGAGAUGAUGCAACAGAUGAACGGGCCACAGAGAGGCCGACGUUCUCAACAUCACGGCCGGAACAACAGACCGUCGGGUGCUGCUCCAUCCGGAACGAGCCGCUCAGGUCGUGGGAACAACGCGGAAACGGAAACGAGUCCUGGGGGUAAUGGGGUUGAUUACCCACCAUCAACCCCGUCCAGUCCUAACGCACCGAAGACGGGCGAUCCCAACGCCAUGGAAAGUGGAUUCUUUAAUAAAUACGCCGAUGACCAGGUUGAAAAUAACGCACGAACUAAAACCGACCAUCCCAUCGACUCUAAUAAUAAAUCGGGGGUCGAUCGAAAUCGUGGCGGUAGUGAUAAACGGCACGAUCGUUUAGAAUUGGAAUCUGAUCUGGACGUUGUUGAAGGCAAAGAGAUGAUGAGACCUACGCCACAUCGUUAUUCCAACCGAUCACCUGGAACUUCUGGUGCUGGCAGUGGUAGCGGCGGCAGCAAUCGCCUCAGCCGACUGACCGAGCAGGAAGAAGUGGACUACGAUGACGACUACGUCUACGAGGACGACUAUAUCGACUCGGAUGAAGAGGAAAACGAUCAACACCACAACAAACCGGUGCCGAUCUGGCUGAGCAUUCUGCUCGUCGUCGGCUACAUUUUCGGCGGUGCCUUCCUGUUCAGCGGUUGGGAGCAGUGGUCCUUCCUCGACUCGGCUUACUUUUGUUUCAUAACACUUACCACAAUUGGUUUCGGCGACUUUGUGCCGGCCCAGAACGUCAAAGAGAAUGUCGAAGUUAGCAUUGCCCUCUGCUCCCUCUACCUGCUUUUUGGUAUCGCUCUGCUGGCCAUGUCCUUCAAUUUGGUUCAGGAAGAAGUCAUCAAUUCUGUCAAGUCCGUUGCCAAAAGACUGGGAAUCAUUAAGGACGAGGACGACGAAGAUGACCGAUAACCAAAAACAAAACUGACCACAAUGAACCAGAAUUCACAUCCUCCACACUAUGCACCGUUUCCUCAAUAUUUCUUCCUUUGGUUAAUUGUUAUUUUGUUUUCAUAUUUCUUUUUCUCUUACCUUCAUGCCUAGUUGUGGUGAAUACUCAAUCUGUACGUUGCUGCGUAACGGCGAAAUAGAUCAUGUUCAUAACAAA